GGAUUACAAGGGGUUCAGUAGAACUGUGUGAGUGGUGCAGCUAAUGGUGGGAGAGAUGGAUUUGGUGGGGAAGCUACAACAUUGAGCACAAGAAUGGAUUACCACACUGGAGGAGGAAUGCAAGCAGAUGCAGACGAUAGUGGGGAUGCUUAUGCAGCAGCAGAAGGAAGAGGUGGAGAUCAAUUGGGGAGCGAUCACGAUGGACCAGUGGUUGGAGAAUAGGACUCAGGAGAUGUUAGACAUCUUGUGGGAGCUGGAAGAGGGGCCGGAUCCCCAGCUCGACGUCUACAUCAACUGGAGGCGGGUUGAUGAUAGGAUGGCUGCUUGCAAAACCCUCUUCACACUGGGGCGAGAUCUACACAAUCAGUGGGAGAAUCGGCAGAGAAGUGGUGAGAUGGGUGAGAUGGAUGGCAAGGGUGAUAGGGACGACGGGUUGGAGGAUGGAUUGGUUGCCGGCGAAGAUGAUUGCGGCGAAAACACCAAUAUUAGCAACAACAUCAGUUACGACGACAUCAAGGACAGUGACGGUGACAACCACAACAAUAACAACAUCAUCAUCAACAACAACAACAACGCUGAUGAUGGGGGGGCCGACGUCCACAGCUGCAGCAUGAUGGGAGUGAUACUGCAGGUGGACGCGUAUGAUAAUGGAGACGGCAACAACAACAAAACUGCCAUUUCGUCAAAAUGGACAUCUUUUUUCUUUUGAACGACAUUGAAACCGAGUUUUUUGGCCGAAAACUCGUCAAAAUUUGUUGUUCCUUAGGGUCCGGCGUUUGUAAAACGCUGGACCCCCUGGCUGUACAUGGACCUAGCUUGAGACCAAGUACCUCCAGGCAGUCCUGCCUGGAGGUGCCUGGUCUCAAGCUAGGUCCAUGUACAGCCAGGGGGUCCAGCGUUUGUAAAACGCUGGACCCUCAGGAACAAAAAAUUUAUACGAGU